AUGGUAUUUAUCAUGUAUUCCAUGUUAUGUACUCGACCAAAUGUUUUGUAUGCUUUAAGUGCAAUGAUUAGGUACCGAUCUGAUCCCGAUGAUGCUCAUUGGGUAGUUGUCAAGAAUAUCCUUAAGUACAUGAGAAGGACUGAUGACUCAUUCUUGGGGUACGGAGGUCGGGAAGAGCUUGUUGUAAUUGGAUACAUCGAUGCUAGCUUCCAGACAGAUAAGGAUAAUUUUAGCUCACAAUCUAGUUAUGUGUUCUGCUUAAACGGUGGCAUUAUGAGCUGGAAAAGUUCAAAUCAAGAUACAGUUGCUGAUUCUACAAUAGAGGCCUAG